AAUUAGUAAACUCCUUUCAGCUGGCUCUAAGCUAAUAUGAUCAAGAUCAAACCUUCAUAUUCUACCAUGAUAUACGAUUGUCUGUUAUGCAUGCAGAAAAAUAAUCCACAACAAGAAUGAAAAUGACUUUGGUAACAACUAUAAAAUACUCUUAAUCGUUUUCAGUACAAUUAAAUGUGUGCUAUGAAAUUCUUAUAGUAUGGACGCCGAAUAGAACAAGUCAGCAUUGGUUUAGACACCAACACUUGGCACUCUUUCAUUAGAGCCGGCCAUUUUCCUGACCUUCAUAUAGACAAGAGACUCCACCUUCUCAUACCCUCCCUUACUUCUGAAUUCAGAUGUUCAGUUAGUCAGAAUUCUAAUCUGGAGACAAGUCGAUACCAGUAGAAACUUCAACCGAUCGGAGAGAAGAUAUGGAUAGAUUAAUAAGUUUAGAACCAUCAAAGUUGGUUCCGAUACGGAUCGAGGCAGGUCAGAGAUGUUACGGUGAGUUAACCUUGCGUAAUGUUAUGUACACGAUGCCUGUUGCGUUUCGAUUUCAACCUAUCAACAAACUUAAAUAUACUAUUCGUCCGCAAACUGGUAUCAUCUCGCCUUUAGCAUCGGUCACUGUUGAGAUCAUAUACGUUAUGCCACUGAAUUCAACUCUCCCUGACUAUUUCCCGAUAUUGCGUGAUGAUUUCCUCUUGCAUAGUGUUGUAGUUCCUGGUGCAGCUAUUAAAGAUUCAGCAUCAUCUUUUGAUGUGGUUCCUAAUGAGUGGUUUACUCCCAAAAAGAAACAAGUUUUUACUGAUAGUGGAGUUGAAGUAAUUUUCGUCGGUUCACCAAUUCUGGUUCAGCUAGUGUUAGAUGGCUCAAUGGAAGAGCUUCGGGAAGUUCUGGAGAAGAGUGACUCAUCCUGGCACCCAGCUGAUUCAGUCGACUCACACGGUCAGCCACUACUUCACUUGGCAUUAUCUCAACGCCGGGCAGAUCUCGUACAGCUUCUGCUCGAGUUUGAACCUGAUAUGGAAGCACGAAAUCGGUCUGGUCGUACUGCACUUGAAGCGGCGGUUGCAGCUGGAGAAGAUCUGAUCGUUGAACUUUUAUUGGCGCGCCGAGUUAGUACUGAUCGAUCUGAGUCAUCGGAUUAUGGCCCAGUUCAUUUGGCAGCUCAAGGAGGGCAUUUAGAGAUUAUGAGACUAUUACUGCUCAAAGGAGCUAAUUUUGAUGCCCCAACAAGUGAUGGUCGUACACCGUUGCACCUUGCAGUUGCAGAGCGCAAAAGAGACUGUGUAAAACUCUUGUUAGCAAAUGGUGCAAGGACUGAUAUCGGCAGUACAAUUGAUGGUGAGACACCAUUACAUUUAGCUGCAAAUUUAGGUGAUGAACAGAUGGUCAAGUUACUACUACAAAAAGGAGCAAACAAGUACAUUCAUGACAAAUAUGGCAAAACACCUUACGAUAUGGCAGCAGAAUCCGGCCAAUCCCGUCUUUAUGACGUGUUGGGUUUAGGAGAUCGGCUUUCGAUUGCUUCACGGAAAGGCGAGUUACGUACAAUUCACCGACUUCUAGAAAGGGGUGCAUCCAUUAAUGGGAAAGAUCAGCAUGGUUGGAGCGCACUGCACCGAGCAGCGUUUAAAGGAAAGAUCGAUAUUGUCAGAAUGCUACUUGAUAAGGGUGCAGAUAUUGAUUCAAGAGAUGAAGAUGGGUACACUGCAUUGCAUUGUGCCAGUGAAGCUGGUCAUGGUGAGGUUAUUGAAUUGCUUGUCAAAAGAGGUGUUGAUAUUGAAGCACAAACCAACAAGGGUUUAUCUGCAGUGCAUAUUGCUGAGUCAUUGCAGUAUUCAGGGAUUACAAGGAUAUUAACACAAGGGGGUGCGAAUAAUGAUAAUAGAAUUGUGAGUUCGAAACUUGGUGGAAACAAUUAUGGGUCGUUUGGAACUGGUAAAGAGAUGGAAAAUAAUGAAGUUAUUAUUAAAAAGAAACCAAGUCGAGGAAGAGCAAUGAGGAGUAGUUUGGAUAGGUCGACGAUGCCUAUGGCGGUUCUUUGAUUCCCAAGGCAAGGUAUAUGAAUUUCUUGUUGGCACUUUGCGUGGAAAUUUUCGUGGCUAAAUCAAACAUCUAUCUGAUUCGGGUGUAAUAUCAUGUGUAUGUAGUUUAAUAUUUUGUGGCUUAUCACUAUUAAGUUGUUUUUUUUGUCA